GUCCUUCUCUUGCACAGUAUGUCGCCACGUGUUCCCCCAUUCACCGAGCCUUCCUUCCUGUCGUCCACCUUCAACCAAGUCUCCCAAAUAACCAUUACCAGUCCACUUCGAUUCUCUCUCUCUCUCUCUCUCCUCACAUCACAAACAAAACCCACUCACACUCUCUGUCUAACGUACUCUCCCAUUCACCCAGCAAUUCUGCUUCUCUCUCUCUCUCUCUCUCUAUAUAUAUAUAUAUAUUAUACUUCGGUUCCGCCAUGGACGUAGCUUGUCAGCUCGUCUGCUGUGGAGUCGAUCCUAUUCGUCGCACUUCUCUCUCUUCCUCUUUCAUCAACACGACAACGACCAGUCAUCACCGUUCAUUCCCGUCUACAAUCAGGAUUCGGAGGCGAAACGGCGUCGUGCGAGCCGUGGCCACAGAGCCCAAACCGACCGAUACAGGACCUUCGCGAUCUCCGCCAAAAGUGGUUAAUGGAUCUCCGAGAUCGUCUCCGCCCAAGGCAGUCAAUGGUGCUUCCACGAGAAUGGAAAAUGUUUCGAAGGAGAUCAAAAGAGUGAGAGCACAGAUGGAAGAAAAUGAACAGUUGGCGAUACUUAUGAAGGGGCUUAGGGGUCAGAAUUUGAGGGAUUCCCAGUUUGCUGAUGACAAUAUUCAGCUUCGCCUUGUUGAGGUUUGUUUGUUGUUUUUGAUGCACAUUCAUACCGGCUGGUGUGAAAUUUUACUUACUUUAAAGGGCUGUUUUACAUUUGUUAAGUGUUGAGUUUUAAAUCUAUGG